AUGGUGGGAGUUGUUUCGGUAUUUCCAAAUGAAAAGUAUCACCUUCAUACAACAAGGUCCUGGGAUUUCAUGGGUUUCCCUCUUAAUGUUGAAAGAAGCAACACCGAGAGCGAUGUUAUCGUUGGUGUUAUUGAUUUUGGUAUUUGGCCUGAAUCCGUUAGCUGGGAUGAUGAUCUCGGUCCACCACCUACCAAAUGGAAGGGCCGAUGUCACAAUAUUACUUGUAACAACAAAAUAAUUGGCGCACAAUAUUUUCGAGCGGAUGGAGUAUUUAGCAACGGCGACAUAGCAUCACCUAGAGAUACAAACGGACAUGGAACACACACUGCCUCCACAGUUGCUGGAGGAGUUGUGAAAAUGGCUAACUUCCUAGGCCUCGGCCAAGGAACUGCUCGAGGGGGCGUACCAUCAGCUAGAAUCGCGGUGUACAAACCAUGUUGGUCUGAUAGUUGCUUAUUUGCCGACAUCUUGGCAGCAUUUGAUACAGCUAUAUCAGAUGGAGUAGAUAUCAUUUCAGUUUCACUUGGAAGUAGUCGAGCCCGAGCACGACCGUACUUCACGGAUCCAACAGCCAUAGGUGCAUUUCAUGCAAUGAAAAAAGGUAUCUUAACUUCUGCCUCUACUGGAAAUAGGGGUCCUGGACUUCAAACUCUUGGAAAUUAUGCACCUUGGAUACUUACGGUUGGAGCUAGUACUAUGGAUCGUAAGUUUACCACUAAGGUUCAACUUGGUAAUGGCAUGGUGUUUGAGGGAACUUCACUAAAUACAUUUAACACCCAACAUAAGACAUUUCCCCUGAUUUAUGGAGGAGAUGCACCAGAUACUGAUUUCUCAAACUCGUCAAAUUCCAGGUUUUGUUUACAUAAUACAUUAAAUAGUACAUUGGUAAAAGGCAAGAUUGUUCUAUGUGAUAGAUUUAUAAGUGGGGAGGAGCCUUUCCUUGCUGGUGCAGCUGGGGUGAUAAUGCAAGAUGUCGAACCCCAUGAUCGUGCAGCUCCCUUCCCUCUCCCUGCAUCUUAUCUUCGUGUUGAUGAUGCUGCUCGCGUUCUCUCCUACACUAGAAAUCUAACAAGUACUCCAUUUGGAAGAAUACAUAAAAGUGUAGAAAUGAAGGAUACAUCAGCACCAUAUGUAGCUUCAUUUUCCUCAAGAGGUCCUCAUCCACUCUCACCCCAUAUUCUUAAGCCCGAUUUAGUUGCCCCUGGAGUGAACAUCCUAGCAGCCUGGCCACCGAUAGCAUCUGUAACCGGUGUUGAAGGUGAUACGCGAUCUGUGCCUUAUAACAUGUUGUAUGGGACUUCCAUGGCAUGUCCACAUGCCACUGCUGUUGCUGCUUAUGUUAAGUCUUUCCAUCCUACUUGGUCCGCGGCUGCUAUAAGAUCUGCUCUCAUGACUACUGCUUUACCAAUGAGUAGUACAAAUGAAGAAGCUGAAUUAGCGUAUGGUUCAGGCCAUAUUAAUCCAUUGAAGGCUAUAGACCCCGGCCUAGUGUACGAUGCUGAAGAGCGUGACUACGUGAAGUUUUUGUGCAGUCAAGACCUCAACGACACUAAUAUUGGAUUAAUAACCGGUAAAAACAGCAGUUGCCACAAAAAUACUGCUAAUUGGGAUCUUAACUACCCUUCAAUCGCGCUCCCUACAACUUUAGGCCCCUUUGACACAAUGUUGACUAGGAGUGUCACUAAUGUUGGAUCUCCAAAUUCUACUUACAAAGCUGUAGUAACUACGCCGCAAGGGCAGGCAUUGGCUAUCAAAGUUCGACCAACUGUUUUGUCAUUCAACUUGCUUGGACAAAAAAUGUCCUUCACUGUGAGGGUUUCUGGGACAAUUGGUAUAAGAGCUUUGAUGUCAGCUUCUUUGGUGUGGGAUGAUGGUCAACAUCAGGUUCGAAGCCCUAUCGUUGUGUUUAAUUUGUCUUAGAAGCUCUUUAGCUGUAAAUUGGAACAAAUUGAGUUAGUUUUGUGUUUAUGUUGUCUAGUCGUGUUUAAGUUUCUCUCAAAUACUUAGUAUUGGAUCUAAUACUAUAGUGGUAUAG